CUUCCUCUGUCCCCUUGCCCGAGCUAGUGCCUAGUAACAGGGCUAGUGUGCACACAUCUGCUGUGAUCUCUGCCCCCACUCUGGCACUGAGUGCCCAGGCAUCCCAGGUCCCUGCAGCGCAGCAUACAGCUGCGCUCACCUGUGUUAAUGAGCGGGGUAGCGAUGUUUCCAGAGAGCUGGCCGGAGUGCAGUCAGUGCUUCCGGCAGCGUGGUCUGUGGCCCCGCCCCCCUCCAGUACUCAGCAGUUUCCCGCUCCCUGGCAGGCAAGCUCCUCUCUCCGCAGCUCCCUGCUGCAGACUGUCACCCCUGGGAUUAUGGGCAAUAGAAAUUCUAAUGUGUCAUCUGCAGAUGAGCCCAGGGAUGCCCCCUCUACCGAGGUACAGGCUCCUGGGAGUGCCAACAGUUGCACUAAUGCCCCUGCCAGCCCACCCCUCCAACCCCCCAAUCCCUCAGGCCACCCUGCCUGACUUUAUUGUAGCCAAUCCCACCACUUCCUCAUCGCUUAUGGCACAUUUAGGUCCCCCUACUGGGGUCCCUGCCGCUAUUGCGCAUAUGGGGGAACGUCCCAAUUCCAGACGGCGCUCAUCUUCAAACUCACCUGAUGUAUCCGUCCGCCGUUACCGGCGCAGGUCGGCAGCUUGUCAUCAACGUUGUUCCCGUCAUCGGUCACGGUCUGCGCGGCGGUCCCACAGAAGUGCCCGCUCCAGAUCGUCUCGCUGGCGGUCACCUUCAUCAACGGAGGUCAGCUCCUGCAGCGAUACCGCUGGCAGGUCUCAUUCACAACGCAGAAGGGGUGCCCAUUCAUCUGCUGCACGGGCUUCUCGCGGGGCCAGCCGGGCCAGCGCGGUGCAGGAUCCGAAUCCUCCAAUCGCCCCAGUGGAACCUCCAGGUCCUUCUACUACCGGAGUUCCGGACCCUAGUGCCAGCAGCUUCACCGGACGGAUCCAUGGGCCCGGCCCAUCUCUGGGACAUCCCGCUGAACGAUUGAUGCCUCUCAUUAGAGCCUCAGUGGCUCCUAGGACCUGGACGGGUUAUGGUAAGGCCUGGGCUGGCUGGGUAGCGCUAGCAGGGACUCAUCCGGUCCAUUCCUCAGUGUCGGAUCGGCUGCGCAUAACCAUCGACUUUAUUUUGCAGGCAAGGGAAGCAGGCGUUUCGGCGGCGGUUAUCCAACGCCGCUUAGCCGGGGUUAGCUUUUAUUUUAGGUUAUUGGGUUGCCUGGCGUUUUUCGGGGCUUUUCGGAUAAGCGAGCUCCUCCCCCCGACCAAGUUCCGGCCAGGUGGUGUUUUGCAAGAUGAUGUCCUUAUUACAGAUUCCUUGGUGCGCAUUCGCCUCCGCCGGUCAAAAACAGACAUUUUUGGCCGGGGUUCUAGUGUGUCGUUAUAUCGCAUCCCCGGCCCGGCUUGCCCAGUCUCGGCAACCUAGAUCAGAGAGCUGAAACAAGACCCGGCGGUCGGAGCUUGGGUUUCCGGAAUGUGGAAGUCAUUUGGCGUGGCAUCCGUGGCCUUCGCUGGUCGCAGGUUUUGCCGGAAUCGGUUCACCUCAGCACAUUGGCACGCCCCCCUGUGAUCCUUGCGAUCCAUGCUGGGGGUAAUGACCUCUGCUUGCUUAUAGUAGCGGAGCUCAUUACCCUCAUUAGAGCAGAUUUAGAAAGAAUUCCAACUUUCUUUCCUGAAGUCAUUAUUGUGUGGUCAGAG